GCGCUCCGCUGAGGGCGGCGGGGUGGCGGUGGUGCCGGCCGGGCUGCGGCGCGAUGAGGGGCGGCUGCCGCCUCUUCCCGCUCCUGCUCCUGGCGCUGCUGCGCGGGCUGUGUCACGGCAGGGAGCCGGCGCCGGGCGCUGUUACCUGCGGAUCGGUGCUGAAGCUGCUCAACACCCGCCACAGCGUGCGGCUCCACUCGCACGAGGUCAAGUACGGCUCCGGAAGUGGGCAACAGUCAGUGACAGGAGUUGAAGCUUCAGAUGAUGCCAACAGUUACUGGCGGAUUCGUGGGAAGAGCGAUGGCAGCUGCCAGCGCGGAACACCAGUGAAAUGUGGGCAAGCUAUACGACUUACCCAUGUUAACACAGGAAAAAAUUUACACACUCAUCACUUCCCAUCACCACUCUCCAAUAACCAAGAAGUAAGUGCCUUUGGUGAUGAUGGCGAAGGAGAUGACCUCGAUAUAUGGAUUGUGCAAUGCAGUGGGACUUACUGGGAGCGGGAGGAUGCAGUGCGCUUCAAGCACGUAGGAACUGAGGUGUUCCUUUCAAUAACAGGGGAACAGUAUGGCCAUCCCAUUAGAGGCCAACGGGAAGUUCAUGGCAUGCCUACUGCUAAUCAUCACAACUAUUGGAAAGCAAUGGAGGGAGUCUUCAUCAAACCCAGUACGGACCCUGCAAAACAUGAUGAGCUCUGAACUGACAGAGGAUCCAAAAUGUUUCAGCUUACUCCAGUGUUCGGAGAUGCUAAUCCUUGGUCUCUUAUAAGUCCCGCCUUGCCUAAGUGACUGACUUUCUGUAUUACUGAAGGGCAUUAGUUCAUUCUAGGAAUGCAGCACUUCUGUGGGGAAUGGCAUCUGCCAGGUUCAGCCAUUGAAAUUUAUUUGGCAAAAUCCUUUCUGAAUUUCAAGCUUAAUUGGUGAAACUAGUUUGUACAUCUGUUAGUUUUUGUCGUCAUUUGUUUUGCUUCUUCCUUUGUCUCUAAUUUGAAGGAAAUGGAAAAACUGAAGUAAUACAUUUCUGUAGUCCCAAGUACAAUAAAACUUUGUAUUUUGUAAUCUUUUUCCAAUUAUAAUUAAAUAUUUGGAAACUGA